UCUUCCUUUAGGGAGCCCACGGUAGCCUCAGAGUCACUCACUGUCCAGCACCAGGAGGAGGUGACAGACCUCACUGCUCUUCACAAAAGCAUCAAACAAGAAGUUCUAGACGUCAGAGACACCCAGAGUCAAGAAAGGACCAUCAGGAUAGAGACUGAAGGACUUUGAAGAAACAUCUAACAUUGGCACAAUUCUCACGACUGGACGGAUCUCUUGGAAGACCCUCUAGGAUUCCAGUCAACCUACCUGGGAAAGAUAUUUUGGCCCCAAAAGCCAAAUUCUUCUAAGGGUACACUUCUUCACUACAUUGAAUGGAGGAUCUAAUGUCAGAAAUGUCCAUGAUACCAUUUGCAUCACCAACAGAGUCUUCCAGGAGCAACUCUACGGAUGACAGCCAAGAUGGUAAAAGCCCCGCUCCUGGCAAGAUCCUGAACUCAGGACUUCUUUGUAAAGUGUGUUCUGACACCAGCAGUGGGAAACACUACGGGAUAUAUGCUUGCAAUGGUUGCAGUGGCUUUUUCAAGCGCAGUGUGAGGCGCAGACUCAUCUACAGAUGUCAAGCUGGUACAGGCAUGUGUCCCGUCGACAAAGCCCAUCGGAAUCAGUGCCAGGCCUGUCGCUUAAAGAAAUGCCUUCAAGCUGGCAUGAACAAGGAUGCUGUUCAGAAUGAGCGUCAGCCCCGCAGCACCGCUCAAGUCAGAUUAGACGCACUGGAUAUGGACAAGGAAAAGGAGCACCUCACCACCACCCUGGAACCCACCUCCUCGUCCACCUGCUCUGUGAUCAACCGCCCACUGCUGGGCUCCUCCAUCAGCUCCAGCAUCAGCUCCACAGAUACUAGCCAGCUCUCCAACAGCCCCAAGAAUGGACAUCGCUUCAUGGCCAGCCUGAUGACAGCCGAGACCUGCGCCAAGCUGGAACCAGAGGACGUGGAUGAGAACAUCGAUGUGACCAGUAAUGAACCUGAGAGGAGUUCUCCAGAGUACGGCAGUGCUCUCUACCCCUCACGCGGACCAGAGAGUGUAUAUGAAACCUCAGCCCGCCUGCUCUUCAUGUCUGUUAAAUGGGCAAAGAACUUGCCGGUGUUUUCCCAUCUACCUUUCAGAGACCAGGUGAUUCUACUUGAGGAAGCAUGGAGUGAGCUGUUUCUUCUGUGUGCAGUUCAGUGGUCGCUACCUCUGGACAACUGCCCCCUGCUGUCCCUGCCGGACCUCUCACCCCCAGGACAGGGCAAGGGAAGCCCCUCGGCAGCGGAUGUGAGGGUCCUGCAAGAAGUAUUUAGCCACUUCAAGCCCCUGCAAGUGGAUCCGACUGAGUUUGCAUGCUUGAAAGCCAUUGUUUUGUUUAAACCAGAAACACGAGGACUUAAAGACCCAGAACAGGUGGAGAACCUACAGGAUCAGUCCCAAGUGCUGCUAGCUCAACAUAUCCACACUCUUUACCCCAGUCAAGUCGGCAGGUUCGGCAGACUAUUGCUUCUCCUUCCAUCCCUUCACUUUGUGAGUUCGGAAAGAAUCGAGCAACUCUUCUUCCAGAGAACCAUCGGGAACACGCCCAUGGAGAAACUACUGUGUGACAUGUUCAAAGACUGUUUUUAGAGGAAUGAAAUCCUCAAGAAUUUAGGUGCUUUGCUUUACUGCCAUGAUAGUUACGAUGCCAAUGAAUCUGCCUGAAUGCUAAAAAAGCGCUAAUGUAUGUAAGCCACGUUAUUCUUUUGCAUAGGUUGCUUAUUUUGUCUCA